UGGUGGCUUUCCGCCUAAGGGUGGCAUUUCCAGAUAACUUGUGAUGUGCACGAGUGCUGAAACCACAAGCAUAGAAAAAGGGGAAUUAACAAAAAAGGAGGAAAUCUUAUUCUCAACGGGGGCCUUGCGUGACUCUGUUUCUCCGCCUUGGCAGGAGGCAAGCAGACAGAUAUUAGCAAUAUUCCGGCAUCUCUGAAACGUGGAAUGAUUCCCACACCCAUCACUCUUCUAAAUGCAGUUGUCAUUCUCUUUAUGGGAGCAGGCAGUCAAUAAUAACCACUUCCGCUAGAUUGCCUCCGACAUAACCGUCUGCAAGUAGCUACGGGGUUUCAGAACGUGGCAGGUUCUGCAUCGGGUUGGGUGGAACAAAUGCUGUGCCGGGGGGAAAAUGGAUCUUUUGCUGGUGUGCAAGUGAUGAAAGCCAAGGUUGCUUUUCUUCUUUCCUUUUAAUUCUUUUUUAACAGAAGAACCAGCAUCUGCAGCCCAACAACGGAGGGGUUGUGAAUCCAAAAAGGAGACCUGUGCACUGAGACCGGGAGAAACCCCUCUGUGGACACUUUCAAUAGCGUGAUGCAUAACUUACCAAUACUGGAGACAGAUGAUGGCACCUUGGACAACGUGGAGACAAGGGAGAAGCAGGCAGUUGGGGGAAAGGGAGAGCCGCGGCCCAUGGAAACCUCCUAUGAGACGGAACGUCCACCAUCUCCAAAGAUUAGGAUUAAGAUUCCUCCCAAUUUGAGUAAAGAAAAUACUUUUAACAAGAGCCGCCUCUUUGGUGCUAUUGUAAGGGGGAACCCUGAGGAGCUGGAAGGACUGGGGGACUAUUUGCAAAAAACCGGCAAAUUUCUUACCAACUCUGAGUACACAGAUGGAGAAACAGGCAAGACCUGCUUGAUGAAGGCCUUGCUGAAUUUAAAAGAUGGGGCAAACCCCACCAUCCCUUUGCUGUUGAAGAUAGACAAGGAGACCAAGAACCCAAGGCCUCUUAUCAAUGUAGCUUGUAAGGAUAGCUUCUAUAAAGGCCACACAGCACUCCACAUUGCCAUUGAGAUGAGAAAUCUAGAUCUGAUCAAGCUCCUGGUGGAGAAUGGCGCUGACAUCCAUGCCAAGGCCUGUGGAAAGUUCUUCCACCAGCAGGAGAAAGGGGCAUGCUUCUACUUUGGUGAGCUUCCCCUCUCCUUAGCUGCUUGCACCAACCAACCAGAAGUGAUCAGCUAUCUCCUGGAUAACCCUCAUCAGAAGGCCAACCUGGCAGAGCAGGAUUCCCUCGGCAACACAGUCCUCCAUGCCUUGGUGAUGGCGGCCGAUGAUACGGAUGAGAAGAACAGGGAGCUGGUGAUCGAGAUGUACAACAACAUCCUGAUGCACAGUGCCACGAUCAACCUACGCCAGAAACUGGAGGAAUUAACCAACAGGGAAGGCUUCAACCCUUUGACCCUGGCUGUCAAGACUGGAAAGAUAGAGAUCUUCAAGUACAUUAUUCACCGUGAAAUCAAAGACCCGGAGUACUGUCACCUUUCGCGGAAGUUUACUGAAUGGACCUAUGGGCCUGUCCACAUCUCUCUCUACGACCUGACCUCCAUUGACAGCUAUGAGGAGAACUCUGUGUUGGACAUUCUUGCCUACAGCAGCGAUACUCCGAAGCGGUACAAGAUGGUAGUUCUGGAACCUAUAAACAAGCUUCUUCAAAGCAAAUGGGACUCCUUUGCUGCCAUGAGAUUUUACAUCAGUUUUUUCUCUUAUGUGGUGUUCAUGUCAGUGUUCUCAGCUGUUGCUUAUCAUCGGCCUCUGGAGGGGAAGCCUCCUUUUCCAGUGUCAAAUGCUGCUGGAGACGUAUUGUGGCUCAUUGGCCAGUUCAUUGUCUUAACUGGAGGCGUGUAUCUCCUCAUUGCUCAGACUAUUUACCUGUGGAGAAGGCGCCUGUCACUAAAAAGUCUGCUUCAGGAUGGCUACAUCGAGAUUUUCCUGCUGCUGCAGUCAGUGACCCUGCUGGUUUCGGCAGUGAUGUACCUUGCAGGGCUGGAAGAUUAUGUGCCUUGGAUGGUUUCCUCCCUCCUGCUCGGCUGGAUAAACCUGCUGUAUUACAUGCGAGGCUUUCAGCAGACCGGGAUCUACAUUGUCAUGAUACACAAGGCUAUUCUGCGCGACCUCUUCCAUUUCCUCAUGGUCUAUUUGAUUUUCCUCUUUGGCUUUUCAACAGCCCUUGUCAUACUUACCGGGGAGGCUCCCCAGCCAGCCCAGAAUGGGUCUUCCCUCGUCAGCAGUGAUGGCAAAGACCAAGUCAAGUAUGCCGGGCUGCUGCAGACUUCCCUGGAGCUGUUCAAGUUCACCAUUGGGAUGGGGGAGUUGGAGUUUCACGAGAACCUAAAGUUCAAUUACUUUGUGAUGCUCCUCCUGCUCUUCUAUGUCAUCAUGACUUACAUCCUCCUUCUGAACAUGCUGAUCGCUCUGAUGAGCGAGACGGUCACCAAACUCUCUGGAUACAGUCAAGGCGUUUGGAAGCUGCAGAGAGCGAUUGCUAUUAUGGAGUUGGAGAAAAACUGGCUUUGGUAUUGGCAGAAGCCCAAGAGAUCUGGUUGCCAGCUGUCUAUCGGCUCCGAAGAUGAGAAAGAUAAGAGAUAUUUUUUCCGUGUGGAAGAGGUAGAUUGGGAUAACUGGAAGAAAGAACUGGGAACCCUCAAGGAGGAUCCUACAGAUUCAGACCACAGUGAGAUGGUGUCAAAAGGGAAGCGUCUAUGGAGCUGGGUAUCACACGGGAUGACAAACAUGGCGGCAUCAGAAGCAGAGGAGGAACAGAUACCCUUGCGUGACAGAAGUCAGUGAGUGAGAGAAAGCCACAAGGAAGACGCGAUCAUUUACAGCCACCUCCAGCGACGUUCCUUAAGCUGUGAAGUGCAAGAGCUUAGCUGGAGCAGCCUGGCCACCGUUAAGGCAGUGACUCAGACCCAAGUUCCAUGUCAUUUACAGAUUUGUGUUGACAGUCUUGCCUUAGAGGAAGGAUUAUUCAGUCUCAGCCUAAGAACCGAGGAAGAGCCUGGCUGCAGGAUCAGGCCAAAAAGGGCCCAUCUAGUCCAGCAUCUUCUUCUCACAGUGGCCAACCCUAAAGCAGGACAUGAGGGCAAGAGCACUCUGCCCACCUGAGAUUCCCAGCAACAUUUAUUCAGACGCAUCCUGCUUCUGACAGUUUAGGGAAAACAUAGCCAUCGAUAUCCUCCAUGAAUUUGCCUAAUCUUUAUUUAAAUCCAUCCAGGUUUCUGCCUAUUGUGGGAGCAAAUUGGCUGAUUUUCAGUUGACACCCUGCAAAUGAAAAUCGACUCCACACCUUCUCUGACCCCCAUUUUUGUUUUCACUUCAGUGUGUAACAACCUAAUUCACACUUCCUGAAACAAUCACGGAUUGAAAGACAGCUGUCCUAUGAAAUUUGCACUUCUCUGAAUGUUCUGAUGUUGGUUGACGUAUGUGAAACUGGGCAAUACAGAAAGAAGCACCUUCAUGUCCUUGAUCCUAUUAAAGACUUCUUUUUUAAAAAAUCCAAAGGGACUGUCUGGCAAAUAAAGGAAUGAAGAAAAUUUGUUUUACAUUUAAAUCAUACACUUUACUUAGGACUGAACUGUCAAGCUGUAGGCAGAAAAAAACACAAACCAGACUAGCACCUGAGGUUGUAUCUGCCCUCAUGUUCAAGCCACAUCCAACUUACAUGUAUUGUGCAGAAAACUAAACUCUACGGAGCGUAUUUCAGGGGUUCCUUAAGUCAAUGAAUUGAAACCCAGGGGGAAAGAAAGGCCACUAUACGUUUUCAAUAGCUAAGGGAGAAGCCUCAUGAAACUAGAAUGAGGAAACGCCCAUUUUGUAGUUUCAUGCAGCAGGGUAUAAUUCUAAAUCAACC